GCAAUCGUGCGUCGAGAACUCGGAAGAGACGCUCCUGUUCGGGCCAAAUGUUCGUGGGCUUUAGAUGCCAGAAUGUUGGUGGUGUGCAAUGGAAACGGGAAAAUUUUCUCAACUAGUUCUCAAAUAGUGUUUGAACAUUAGUUGGUUCGUUGUGGUGCACAAGUGAACUUUUUAGUAUAAAUAUUAGGAAAAACAACACACAAAAAAAAUUGCAAAAAUAAAAUACUAAAAGGUGAAAUAUUGCAGAAAAAGGAAAAAUUGUUAUUUUCAACAAUGACAUCUCAUUCUUCCGUGACAGUUUCAAAUUGUUGUUUGCAUUGAAAUUCAGUGAACAAACAUUUCCCUUUAUUUAAAUUCCACUUUUUUGAUAGAUUUGACAGAUUUGUGGACAAUCACUGGACAUUGACACUUUCUGUUUUGAUUUCUUCUUCAAACCUUCUUCGGAAAUCUCUACAAAUUUUUCCGCGAUAUUUGCAAACGCAAACAUUACGGCGUCAAUGAGAGAUAAAUUGUUCUAAAUUCGAAAUUCAAAUGGAGUUUCAAAUGGUGUAAAUUAAAUCAGAGACACUGCAAAGAAGACUCACAAAGCAUUGUGAAGAGUGGCAGAAGCAAUGGCAAUAAUUUUCUAAAGAAAAAAAAAAUAAGAAGAAUUUAUAUUUUCUUAAAGUGUGGAGGAAAUUUCUUAAUUUUUGUGUACCUUCAAGAGAGAUUAAAGAGUGAAGAAAAUCAUCAAGAAUCAUUCAAGAGUGAAUGAGUGAGUGGUUUAGUGUGAUAUUGUGAGAAGAUUGUCAAUCAAUAGAAAAGUGAUUGUAAAAUAUUUUAUGAAUGAAGCCCGAUAAAAACGAGAGAGAAGAUCCACACGAUCCACAAAACUUAAAUUCUCGGCGUCGUCGUCGUCCAUUUAAGUCAAGAGUAUGUGGAAUUUUUCAUUAUUUCGUCAUAAGCAUAUAUCAACUUUUCCAAGACAAAGCACCUGAAUAAAAUGUUUAAUUAAAUGUACAUAAGUGAGACAUUAUUUUCCACUCCAAAAAUUUUCACCAUCGUAAAAUGCAUAUUCUCAGAAAAAAGUGAAUACACAUAAUAAACGUAAAGUAAUGGUUGUGUAAAAUAAAUAAUUUGUUUACUAAAUUACUCUUAAAGGGGAAUUUGAUAUUAAUUUGUUAAAAAAAAACACGUAAAAGUAACACAUGUGACUGUGUAAAUGUUUUUUGAUGACAUAAAUGGAAAUUCAGAGAUUUCCACCAAAAAAAAAUCUAAAAAACACAAUUGUAAUAAUAAUUUGAAUUUACGUUCUAAGAGCUGUCUAAUAUCUUAAUAAUAUAAUAAAAUAAAACAAAAAUUAAAUAAAAAAACUCAACAUAACCCCAUUUUAUAGAAAGAAAAGAAUCUUGUACAUUGAACGAUCGUUUGACUAUUCUCGAGUGGUUGUGAAAUAAAUAAAAAAAAAGUAAAACUCUAAUUUACUAGAAGGAAGAGAAAUUGGAGACAUGUAUAAUGAAUUACCGUCCUCUAAUUAUAAUUGUGAAUUUUAUCAAAUAAAUACUGUAGUAAAAUACUGGGAAUAAGUCAUUUUUGAUGAUACGCAUUGCAGUAAUUUCUAAAAAAAAGAUACGCACGAACUUUAUUAGAAAAAUUCAAAACUGUGAGAAGUGACACUGUUGACAUUGCUUUAAAUCAAAAGUGUUUUUCUCCUUAAAAAAUAAAUAAAUAAACCCUUGAAUUGUUUAAAAAAAAACGUUACAAUCCAUUUAAAAUCAAAAUUUAACGAGCAAAAUCAUCACAAAAGUAUUGAUUUUUUUGGUGGCAAAAAAAAGAGCUAAAACAAUACCUUAAAAAAAGUUUAAAAAAAAAUCUUUAGUGAAAAUGUGCCAAGUGGAUUCAAUAGCGUGUAAGGGUGAAUUGAAUGUACAAAUAACAUCAACAUUGUCAUCGGAAUCAUCUUUCUCCGCACCAAUAUUGUCGCAGCAAUCAACAGCUUCAAUAAAAGCAUCAUUGUCAUCUUCAUCACUUAUUACAACUGUUACAGCUUCGGGAAUAAAUUGUUCAUUUGGAUUAGCGCUAUGUCGGAAGUGAGCAAGAGAUGGUGAUGACACACUUACGUUGGAAUUAGGGACUCUCCUGCGUUUUAAGAUUCUCUAUCCAUAAUAUCCAAUGUCACUGUUUUGCUGUUUUCACGUGUCAACGUAAAUGUACUGUACAUAGCAAGAAGAUAUGGCAGCUGUAAAUUCUGUACAGAGCGGACUCCGACUACCUCUGACAGGCUUGGCACCCCCUCGAGUUCUCAUGUGCAGCGCAUCGAUGGGUGCCGAGGGUUCCGUGACACUCCAAUUGCGUGAGGCCGUACAGGCGCCAGACGCAACAGCGCCCCUAGAUGCCGCCCUCACGAUAGGCUAUCCCGAUCCUGAAAUCCUCGCUGAUAUGCUUGGCACUCUGGGAAAUUUGCAAGCAGCAGCAACCAAUACGAGCAAUAGUGGUAGCAACAGCAAAAAUAAUAAUGAGGCAUCCACAUCAAAUACCAGCAAUGUUAAUGCGAUGUCAGUGAAAAAGGCUCGACCUAAAACAGCAUCACCAACUCGUCACGGUCCACAGCAGUGUCAGGUAUGCAGUAAAGUGUUUGGGAAUGCCUCUGCCUUGGCCAAGCAUAAAUUAACACAUAGCGACGAGAGAAAAUAUGUGUGUGGGAUGUGCUCGAAGGCCUUCAAGAGGCAGGAUCAUCUAAAUGGCCAUAUGCUGACUCAUAGGAAUAAAAAACCGUAUGAGUGUAAAGCCGAAGGCUGUGGAAAAUCCUAUUGUGAUGCUCGAUCUCUGAGGCGACAUACAGAAAAUCAUCAUAGCUCGCUGGCAAUGACACCAACAACCCCGCAUUCAUCAUUGUCAUCGUCAACAGGACCACCAACUGGGCUAAGCUUGUCACCAGCCACAGCUAGUGGUGAUGCUAGUUCACCACAUGGAGCCACUUGCAUCCCUUUUAGUUCAGCCAGCGACAUCAGUUCCAAACCCUCAUCACCCAGCUCCCCAGCAGGAGUCGGCAAUGAAGGACUCACACGACAACAGUUGGAUCUCAUCAGUCAAAUUAUGCAGCAGACGAAACAAGCCAACGCGGGUCUGACAGCCUCAGCUGGACAACGACAGACUCCGCGUCCCAGAACGUGGAAUAUGCAGACACAACUGCAGCAAACCCAAUCAAAAUUGUCACCAAAUCCUGAUAAUGCAACAAAUAGCAUCAGCUCAUCCUCCCCACCCGUAGGACCGAAUGUGCCAAAGUUGGAGCAGAAGCCGGUGGAGUGCAAUUUGUGUCAUCGAAAAUUCAAGAAUAUUCCAGCCCUCAAUGGGCAUAUGCGUCUCCAUGGCGGCUAUUUUAAGAAGGAUGCCGAAACGAAGAAAUGUGAUAAGAAGGAGACACCUGGACCACCCCUACAGACAGCCAGUGUGGGUGUGAGAGCGCUCAUUGAGGAGAAGAUUAUAAGCAAACGAAGCAAGGAUCUCAAGGGUGCCUUUGUUGUGCCUGCACCACCAUUAGCCGCGCGUCGUCUCUCCGACACUGAGACUUUCCUGUCGCCCAAAUUACCACCAUCUACCACUUCAGCAGCCCUCACCCUCCCCAGUCUCUGUCAGACCACAACAACCAUUGCCACAGCACUCCAAAUCGCCACCAGCAUCGCACCCACUGUUGCUGGGAAGCCCCAAAAGACAACCGACGCUGUUCUAACGUCUUCCCAGACACAAGACUCCAAGGAUGCCACAUUGAUUGAGCUCCUGAAGCGCGGGACAAAAGUGGCGGUAAAGAGAACGAAUUCAGAUCCAGGAACUGCAGCACAAUUUGCAGCUGAUGGAGGCGGAGGAGGAGGAGGAGGAGUGACAAAGAGCAACCCAGCAACACCCACCACAACCCCACCUCUGGCACUGUCAAUUGGUACCAGCGACAGCACCCCACUGGCCCUGACAAUCUCACAGGAUAACCCGGGGGCGAGCGAUGUGUUCACUUUGGCAUACUCCACCGACUCCUCCAGUGGCUUCUUCCACGACAACGAGGUGUACAGUGUCAAUGAUACGGCGAUGCUCCUCCAGGCAGUUGAUUCAAUUCAACUGCUCCACGAGGGCACCUCAAAUGCUGAGCACAUUGAUGAGAUGAACGCUCUGGGGGAUUAUGCCCUCAGUGAGAACAAUUCCCUGGGUGGUGGAAAUUUUGCCUCAUCCCGCCAAUUACAGGCUGUACUCAAUUCUCCCCUGCCUGAAAGUUUGGCGGAAUUCAGCACCCUCCAUUCCAAGGACUACAUCUUGUACGGAAACUCUCCCUCAGCCGUCACUCAGUCAUCCUCGUCACCCCUUCCAUCGCCCCUGGCCUACCCAACACCCCCAGCCAGUCAUGAAGCUGUAGCCCAGGCAUCUCCCUUCCUCGAUGACAGUCAUCAUUUUGCUGACGUUAGUCCCUUUUUUGGGGAUUCAGACAAAAAGCCCACAGCUCUCGAGCUCACGGACAACGAACGCAUCAUACAACUGAAGAAUGAACUGUUCAGUGACAGUAAAUCCAUGCUUGAUGAAAAACCAGGGGAUAUCUUCAAGGAGGAUCCAGACGGGGAUAGAUUGAGAGAUUUGGCAUUUUUGGAUGAACCAGACAGUUUUCUAGAGGACGCCCAGAAUCCCUCGUCACCACUCUCAGCUGCAUUUUUCAGCGCAACAAUGUCCAGUGCUGAGGAAGUCAAGGAAGCCCUUCAGGAGGUUCUGCCCAAUGAAAAUCUCAACGAAGAUACAGCAACGGAAGCAGAUGACAUUGAUCUGUACUAUCUACCAAUGUGCAAUCUUCAGAGUCAAAUGAUGCCAAAUUCCGAUGAUCCCCUGCUAUCAUCAUCCCCAAAGGACUUUGUCAGUCGACCCCAUAAAUUUGAAUUUGGGGUAUUUUGCCCACCAAGUGCUAAGCGUGCCAAAGGGAACAGUGGCGAGGAGAAUGUGCAGCCCACCGCAACACCACUAACCGUCCAAACUGAACAGCCACUCCCGCCGAAGGACAGUGAGGUCUUUCUCAGUCCCAGUAGCAUCUCUUCCACCUCUACGUCGACCCCAUCGCCAAAAAUCCUACCAAUGACCAGUCUCAUGACCAGAAAAAGGCACCAUACUGAACACUAUGCCAAGGUUUACGAGAGAUUCAGGUCACGAUUGCGGAAUACGACCUCCUCCCACUUUACACCUUCCCCCAUGCUAAAUCCCAGCCGAAAUGCUUCAGGGAUCUACUUUUGCCUGAUCAAAGACGGACUGCACGAGGAGGAGGAUUGUCUCCUGGGAGGAAAUGAGGAUUUUAACAGUCUACUAGAGACACCUCGGAUAAAUGUUGGCAUCAACUACCAAGCCAAAAUCCCCGAUGUCAUUGUCAAGGAGGAGAAUCUGGAGAUGGAUGAAAAGACUGGGGAGGACGAAGAUACCCUUCUGUGGGAUCCAAAAAUCUCACCAGAAGACCGUCAAUUGAGACGCUAUGUUGAACUAUCAAAAUCCUCCGCUGUUCCUCUUGGGAGUCACUCAGAAGAGAUGGCCCUAAAGACCUUACUAGAUACCCAUGGGGAGAUCCAUACAGCCAUCCUGGAACUCCUCCAGGCACCUGCCACAGCAAUCCAUAAGCGUUGGACACCGCAAGAGAUAAAACUUUUCCUCAAAGGACUUGAAACUUUCCGCAAGGACUUCUACAGAAUAAGCAAGGAGAUUCCACACAAAUCAACGGGUGAUUGCAUCCAAUUGUACUACUUCUGGAAGAAACUCUGUGUGGAUUACAAAUUAACACACUUACAGCAAAACAACCAGCGGCGAAUAUCCCACGAAUUGAACAACAAUGCUCCACUUGUCUUCGGGACUGAUUCACACAACACCCCCAACGCCCAAUCUCACUCAUCCCACACGGAUAUUCGACCUCACAUCUGCGAAAUGCCAGAUUGCUCAGCAAGCUUCUCAAGCAAAGCCGCCCUCCAUGGCCACACAAAGUUACACUGCAUGGGCCGAAGCAUGAAUGUUUCAAGCAGUGCCAGUUCCUCAUCCAGCAGCAGCAAUGGCUCCUCCAUCAAAGACGAUUUCCCCUGCAAGGUGUGCGGCAAAGUUUUCAACAAGGUGAAGAGUCGGAGUGCACAUAUGAAAUCGCAUCGGCCGCAGGAUUCCGAUUCGACCACGGCCUGAGCCUUCAUAUGUGAUCCGUAUUGGUAAGAGGAUUUAGUAUUGCUGACACAAAGGGAAUAGUAGAUCCAUCAGCUAAUUAGCUACGCAACAAUUGGACCCGAAAAUCGAGGCCACAAAAUUUUCGCAGAUUAAAGCUCAAAAUGGGAGUCUCCAAAAAAAAAGAGAAUUACAGAUUUUAGCUAAAAAGAUUAUGGUGUAAAUUAUAAAUCUAUUGAGGAAGAAGAAAUUAAUGACAAUCUAUUUUUAAACAAAAAAUAAAUAAAUUAAUUAAAAAAAUACAUUCUGCACUUAAUUCAAUGUACGAGACUUAAAUAAAAAUGCCACAAAUUGUGGAUGUUGUAGGAAAAAUAAAUAUAGGAGAAUAUGGGGAUAGCAAAAAAAAAACGGAGGGAAAAUACGCUGUGGACAUCGUAAAAGCAUCUUUUCAGCAUAAAAGCAAAAAUACUCAACACAGAAAGCUACAAAAGAGGAAAUAAAAGUCAAUAGAUAAAAAUAUUCUUGAGUAUUAGAAAAUGUAUUUUUAUUGAAUACCAAACUGUGCAAAGUAUUGCAGACGAUGAUAGAUUUUUCUCUCAAAUUCUUGCAAAAACUUGGACAUGAAAAAGCUAUUUUUCCGAAUUAUAUCCGAUGAGUUUUUUUUAAACAGAAAAAAAAACUUUUGAUGAAAAACAUUUCCUUUGGCAAAAAACAGAGAUAGGGAUUUUUUUAAUUGAAUGGGAUCCUUUCAAAUGUGCAUACAUUGUAUUUAAAAAAAAAACUCAAAUUUCGCAGAGAGGUGGUAUUGCAUACGCUCAGUAAGCUCUUCCAGUAAAUAAUUUCAGGACACGCCCCAUUUAGAAGUUAUAGACAACUCAUGCUGAUAUUUUUGUAUUACGAAAGGUAAUAAGAAAAUAAUACGGCAUAAUUCACUUCCAAACAUUCACCUGAGAGUGCAGCUAAAAGUACCCUGACCCUGACAAAUUAAGCCACGCCUCCUAUGGAAUUUAAUAAUAUAAAUUACUCAAAUAAAAAUUGCUUUUGUGUACAAAGAUCGUGAGAAAAUAUAGUGCAGUAUUUGAAUUUCAAAACUGAGGGGGAGGGAAAUAAUUAUUGAUGCCACGCCCAAUAGAAAUCCCCGCCCUCUUGCAUUUUACUACAAUUGCAUCCAUAGUUCAUGAAUUUUAUCCACUACCCUGUGACAUAAUUAAAAAGAUUGAAAAACGCCCAAAUUUUUAAAUAAAAUAUUCUGCGGAAAUCACACUACUUCCAUUUUGAAUACAAGUGUUAUCGAGGGCGUGGUUUAUUUUUCAAUACGUAUAACGCUUCGACAUAUACAAAAAAGUGAAAUUAAGUGUUAAAAAAGUGAAAUGAACACUAUUUUAUUUCUGAAAACAAUUCUUGUUGUGGGCGUGGUUUAUUUUCAAUAAGCACAAUGCUUCAAGCCACAACAAAAAUUGCACUGGUAGUGUUUUUCUACCCUAUAACAUUGUGAAAUGAAUAAGAAAGCCUAAACUUUUUUUUAUUAAAAUAAAAAUUAAAAAAAAAAUCUAAAUACAAGCCAAAUCGAAGGCGUGGUUUAUUUUUUAAUAAGCACAAUGCUUAAAGUUGCAAUCAGAAUUGCAUUGGUGGUUUUUCCUGUCCAGUAACACUACAGAGAGACUUAGAAAAUUCAGUAUUUUAAUUUUGAAAAAAACUCCGCACUAUUUCCAUUCUGAAUAUAGUUCUUAUUGGGGGCGUGGUUUAUUUUUAGAAAGUAAUACGCUUCAAUAUACGCCAGAAAUGGCAUUGGUGGUGUUUUUUCUACCAUGUAAUCUCGUUGGAAGAAUUAGAAAACGCACAGUUCGUUUUUGAUUCAAAAAAAGUGAAAUCUACACAAUUGCCUUUCUGAAUACAAGUCUAAAAGGGGGCGGGGCUUAUUUUUAAAAAGCACAAUGCUUAAAGCUGCAAUCAAAAUUGCAUUGGUGGUAUUUUUCUGUCCAGUAACACUACAGAGAGACUUAGAAAACGCAGUCUUUAAUUUAAAAAAAUCCCCACUAUUUCUAUUCUGAAUAUAGUUCUUAUGGGGGCGUGGUUUACUUUUAGUAACGCUUCGAGCUACGCACAAAAUUGCAUUUCUGGUGUUUUUCUACCCUGUAACAUCGUUGGAAAAAUUAGAAAACGCACAGUUCUUUUGUGAUUUAAAAAAAAGUGAAAUCCACACAAUUUCCUUUCUGAAAACGGGGCGGGGUUUAUUUUUUAUUAAGCAAAAUGCUUAAAGCUACAAUCAGAAUUGCAUUGAUUGGUGCUGUUUCUUUUAAAUUAGGAAACGCGCAGUUCUUUUUUGAUUAAAAAAAGUGAAAUCCACAAAAUUUCUAUUUUGAACACAAGUCUAAAUGGGGGCGUGGUUUAUUUUUUAGCAAGCAUAAGGCUUCCAGCUGCACACAAAAUUGCACUGCUGAUGUUUUUUUCCGUUAUUACACAUUAUUGAACCUAUUCAACUUUAUUUGAACGUAACUUUUCAAAGGGGCGUGGCCUAAAAGCAAUUUUAGGUGGAGCUUAUUUAGUAAAGCAUCUACUAAAUAGGCAAAACUUUUAUUUAUUUAUUGUAUUUUUUUAUUAAUUACCAAAUUGCAACAGAGAAGCUGAGAGACAAACUCUAGAGUUCAUAAAUGAUAUUCACGUGAAUGCAAAAGAAUGAAUUAUUGCGUAGACAGUUUAAAAAGAAAAGAAAGAAUAUAUUUCUACUUAAACCCUUAUCUAAAGGACAUAAUAGAUGCAUAUACAGAUAAAGAUUAAAUAAAUUGCUGAUGUAAAUAGGUAAUUAAAGAACAUUUUUUGGAAAAGAAAAAGAAAAACCAAAAAUCCUUUUUAGACACUCAAAUAAUAUGAUUUUGUGUGAAAGCAACUACUUGACCGCCCCUUGAUUUUUUUUCUUCAUAAAUUGAAAGCCAGAAAGAAAAGCCCACGUAAACCGCAGCACAAAUUCUACUCUUGAAGUGAAUAAAAUUGGGAAAAAAUGACAAAUGGGGUGAGUUUACAAGACAUUUAAAUUAAAACGUUCGUUAGGAAAGGCACUAACGAAAGUUUAAAAUUUAGUUUUUAAUCAAAUUAACCCAGAAAAAAAGGAUACGAUGAAAAAGUAUGGUAUGAUCAAGUAUAUUUGUGUAAUAAGAGUAAAUAAAUAGAGAAAAAAAAAUGAUGCCAAAUUUUUACAUAGAAACGAGAGAGCGCGGUCAAUAAAACUUUUCCAGUAUUAAAAUAGACAAUUUCAAAAAAAAUGAAUAAUGGUUAUAUCUUAGUAAAUAAGUGUUAAAUCGAUGUCCCUGAAUUUUAUUAAUUAAAUUUACUGGUAAAACAGCAAACAAAAAAAAAAUACUCUCACAUCUAAAUUGUGCGCAAUGUGUAAAGGUGCAUGAGAUAGGGAUUAUUUUCGGAUAAUAUUCAAAGUCAAUACUCCCUUAGAAAUUUUACAGUGUAAACUCUAAAUGAUUACCCUCUAUGGUUGUUUUUAUUUUAGUGCAAUUUCUAGCUCAAUUUCUAAAAUGGCAAUAAUUUAAAUGCGAAUUAUUUAUUGCAAGUAAAACAAACAAAAAAAACUAUUUGACCCAUUAAGCAAUCCAAAGAAUAGGUUGAUUUUAAUUUAUCAUAUCUAAAUAUUUAAAUUUUAAGUAGAAAUAAAUUAAUUUUUAUGUUGUUGAUGUCAUACCAAUUGUGCAUGAUUGUGUAUAAAACAAUAAAAAAAGGAAAUAUUGAAAAAGAUACACGAUAUUAUAAAUUAUUUAAAAAAAUAGAGAAGAAAAAAAACGGCCUGCGAGUAGCAUUUUUAAAAGAAUGAAAGAAAAAAUAUCAUAUUUAAAAAAAGGGAAAAGAAAUUGUGAAGAUUGUGAAAAAGAUUAUUUUGUAAAAGACACUAAAUUAUAAUUUACUAUCCUACAAUUAUUUCUCCACCUUAAAAAAAAUUUAUAAGCAACAAUUAAUUUCUCAGUAAAUAUUUAAGGCAAAAAAAAGAUAAUAUACGUGUAUUAUGUACAAAAAUUUAUUGUACUUUGAGAAGUUGCAUUAUUGGGGGGAAGGGAAAAAGAAUUAAGGUAGAAAUGUGAAAAAUAAAAAAAAAUGAAAAGCUCACUCAUGAAAAUUGUCCAAGUAACAAUAUAGAAGAAAAAAAAUACUACACAAAAGUAUUAUACGCUCUUAAGAAGAAAAAAAACUAUAUGUAUGUAUGUAGUAAGGGGUAAGCUAAAUAAAAUUGUUGACUAUUUUCUAUAAAACUCUUUAUAAAUAGAUUUAACAAUAUAUAUAAAUGAUAUACAUAUAUAUUUAUAAUGUACUGCCUAAUUUGAUAAUCAAAAAGAUAUUAAGAAAAAAAAUUAAGAAGUGUAAGUAAAAGUUGUAUUUAGUGAGAAAAAAAAAUGUGUCUAACCGCCAAUUCUACAUAAUUUGCCAAAAAAAAACCACAUAGAAAAGAAAAGAAUCAAUGAAAAGCUCUUUUCGUAUUUACUUCCUUCUCAUUUCUCUCGGAAACAGCCAUCGAAAUGUGUGUUUAUGUACAAAGACAAAUAAAUUCAAUCUGCAAUCUAAUUUUCAAGUUACACUUGACAUUAAAAUUAGGUCAAUAUUUAUACCACCCCCAAUCUUCAAAGAAAAAUUCUCCGUAACUCCUAUCGAGAGCCGAUAUGCUUCUUUUUCUUAUUUUCCACAAAUCACGGUAUUUACGAAACGCAUUGACAUAGCAUUAACACAGCAUAGGCGCUCUAUGAUGGUUGAUUUGAGGAAUUUUAUCAAACAAAUAGAAGUUUUCCCCUUGUCAGUUGUACUGCUCUAGCAUCGCGACCAGUAGGUUCUAAGUUCGAAACUCCACAAUUCCAAUUUUUUUAUCUACCGUGACAGUAUAAAAUAACAUUCAGUGCACAAAUAAUAUCAAACAGUCGUAAAUGAACCGCCUAAAACAAGUGACACUCUUAUAAAAUGAUCUUUAACACGAAGAGAUAUACUUCACUUGAGGAAAUUUUAACCGUUCAGGACAGAAUCAUAUUGACAGUGAGACGCUCACCAUCAUCAUCAAUGCCUCACUAUAUUUCAUUAAUUUACGUAUUUAUUACUAUUAUUAAUUUAAUCACAAAAAAUAGAGUCAUCCCUCUUACAAAUGAAGAAACAAAUCAAGAAAGAAAAAAGAAGAAAAGAGACAAAAUCAGACAUUUUCUAGGAUCCAGCCUGUUGAUAGUACUCGCGAAUUGCAGCUACUGAAAUUCGGUCAGUACCCGGAACUGAUUUAAAUAAAGUGACACCCUUUACAAAGAGCGAUCGAUAGAGACAGUCACCUUGAACCUUAGGCACUAUAUGAGUCCUUGAAUUCGGGCCGAACCUCCCCGGCCGAAAGAAUUGCAUUUUUCAUUGCAAUUCUUACGCAAAUUCUCUAAUACUGUAUUACCUUAUCUUAUACUCUAUGGCACUAGGUAAAAAUAAUAUUAGAAGAUAUAAGAAAUAAAACGAAAAUUCGAUAAACGGUUUAUCGUAUUUUCGUUUUAUUUCUUCAAUUUUCUUAUAUUAUUUUCCCCUAGUGCCUUAGAGUAUAACACAAGGUAAUACGGUAAUUGAGAAUUUGCACAAUAAUUCCAAUGAAAAUGCGCAAAUUAACAAAAUAAGGUGAAUAUUUUACUAUCAAUGUGAUUCUGCCCUUAAUCUGAAGAGGAAGGACAUACAAUUUUGCCGUAAUGGCCAAUAGUAAGUUGGAAACCGGCAGGGGUACCAUCACAGGUGUAAAUUAAUUUAUAAAUAAACUAAUUAUUUAAGUUUUCAUUUGCUUUAUUACGCAAAAAAGUCAGGAAUGAAAAGUAUUUAUUUUAUAAAUUAUCGUGAAAAAUGUUAUUUCACACGAUUCAAUCUUUUGCACCGGGCAGGAUUCGAACUCACAAUUGUGACAACCGAGUCAGAGAUAUCACCUCUCAAGAACCGGAAGCCCUUAAGGCCUCUACAUAUUGGAAGCAAUUUUCGUCAAUAAUGGCUUUCUUGAAGAAAAUUGUCUGCACUGCUAUAGGCGGAAACGUUAAAAUUCUGUCAAAAACGGAAUUUUUAUCGAAAAUUCCUUCUAAUGUAUAUAGAGACGUUUACUAAUCGAUUUCAGGAUAAAAAUUACUUAUUGGUUUGUAACUGUUUGGAACAGAUCUAGACUUGUCACAGAUUCCAAGACCUUUCCAACAAACCCAAAUAUGACCCAUUUGGUUGAGAAAUACGCUCUCUAGAAACUUUUAAACAUUUGACCUUGAAAAUCCAUUAUUAGAAAUGAUUAAAGGUUAUUUUAUUCUAAAACAUAUGCAAAAAUGAAAACAAAUGCAGGACACGGUUUCGAGCAAUCCCAGAAACCUUUUUUUAGAGGAAGAGAAAGGAGAUUUCCCAAAAAAGAGCAUAAGGUAAAGUGUCUUCGCUCGACCGGUAGAUUUAUUUAUUCAAUUUAUAUAUAUUUGCUAUAUUAUUUUGCGUAUGAUAAUGUUAGAUCAUAAUGGUCAAUCAUUUCAUGAAUAAUACGAACCAGUGACAAAUUCAUAUAAAUUGACGAAAUUGACCAUGAAACAUUUAAAAAUUGACCCACCGGUCGAGUCGAGGAACCCGGUUGAGUGAGAGUGCUUACCUUAAAUCGAGGAUAAACAAAAUUGCGAAUGAAUCAAAUCCCGAAAGGGUCAAAAUCCCGAAUUGGCCAUAAAUACCGAAUGGGUCGAAAUCACGAAUUGGUCAAAAUCCCGAAUGUGCUAAAAUCCAGCACAGAAAGCAACCCAUCUAGAUGUGUGUUUGGAUCAGUGACAGUGAAUAUUUGUAUCGACUGAAGCAACACUUUCAUACCGAAACUUAUUCUCGCAGCAGCCUCUAUUUUUUUUCACUUUUUGCGGUUCACUUUUUUGCUAAUGUGCACCAUUGGCAUUACUAUUCAUUCAUUCAUUGGACGAAUUCAAAGCCAAUAUGGCAUGAGAAAUUUUUUUCUGCUGCUGCUGAGAUUUGAAUCCGAGACCUCACAGUCAUAGAGACACUACUCUAUCCACUGAUCCAACUGAGGCUUAAUACCACCAAAGUUGAAAGGCAGGUUAUACCAGACCGUGGUUAGCCCCACAAUGCUCUGUGGCUCUAAAUGUAUAGCAACCACCAAAGCCCACAAUCAAAAGCUGGGUGCGAUAAGUCAUAUUUAUUGAAAAACAUGGGAAAAAUUUAGUCAUUUUAAAGUUUGGGACCGUGUAAAGCAUGGGCACUUUCCCCUACAGUUGCCAUAGAAUUGAAUUGAACAUGAAGGUCACGAUUCACGAUAAUGAAGGUCGUGACCUUCAUAAUGGUGCGGUGCGAAGAUAGGCUUAUAAGAGGGUCUCCCUUAGGUAUGAAGUCUCUAUCUCUUAACGUUUAACCUCUAGCUCUGUUAAUGGAGGAUGGAUCAGAUGAACAACGAAUCAGACGGACAAAUACCAUAACAUAAUUUUUCAAAAAAAUGUCCUAAACUCGAAGAUAUAUUGAAAAAAUGGUUCUCGGGACGUGAAAUGGAGAAAUUUUUAAAAAAUCAAGAGAUUAAACUGCUUUCUGAGUACACUUGAAGCAGUAAAAAAAAUUUUAAUGAUAAAUCUUCCUGGCCUUCAGAACUUCUUUUAUUCAUAUCACACAGCGAAGUAAAACAAAGCUAGACAACAAGAAAUAGAAUUACUAAAUUUAGCUUUAUACCUAACUUUUUUGUAGACUUAAAUUUUUAUUAUUCAUAGAUUCUACAGGGAGAGCAACUCAAUCUAAAAAUCUAUAUUCGAAAAUUCAGUUCAUAUCAAAUAAUGAUUGGGCAAAAUCCGUAAAAUUAUUUUAUGGGUGUAAAGAAAAUUUUAUUCUAUGAAACGUAAUAUUUCUUUCAACAAUAAUUCACAAAAUCACUGACCUUUUUUGUUCUUUUCAUUGCUCUAAAAAAUUUUGUAUGAAAAACGCUAAAACUCCAUUGAAAUUAAUUUAAUGCUUAAAUCUAAUUAAUUUCGUCAUAAAACAAAAAUUCUGAAAAUGUAAAACUCAGAAACAUAUGAUAUUUUUAUUGAAUAGCAGACACCAUUUCAAUAAGCUGGAAUGUCUCUUAAUAGACUUAGACCACUGAACUAAAGGUGUCUCACUUUAUUACCUGGAGUUUCUUUAUCAGUCGCUCUUGUGAGUUCAGAGAAUGAAUUUCAAACGCGAAAUCUUGCUGAGUCUCUUUCUGGGGAUUUUAGCGGAGUUUGUUGUGCAAGCUCUCGAAGAUGAAGCUAUUGUGAAUCUCCCCAAUGGACCAAUACGAGGGGAAAAGUUCCCUAAAUUUUUUGCGUUCAAGGGAAUCCAAUAUGCGGAGUCCCCGGUGGGUGAAAAACGUUUUGAACCUAAUUUUAUCGUGCAUCCAUACCUUUUCAAUUUGGAAAUUUAGAAACAUGGCGCUGGAACACCUUUUCAAUUGAGUGAAUCAAUCGAUUGAAAUUUUACCUCUUACUCUUUCAAACUGAAAUUAAAUAUGUUUGUCUCUUUCUGUCAAAUAAAGAUUGAAAUUUAAAUUUAAUUUUCAAUUUCGAUUUUAAUUUUCAUUUGACAGGAAGAGACAGCUAUGUCUGAUUUCAGUUUGAAAGAGUAAGAGGUAAAAUUUCAAUCGAUUGAAUUUCACUCAAAUGAAAAGGUGUACCAAAGCCAUUAGAACUCAGAUAUAGUUAUCCCUUUCUCUCAAAUAAAAAUUCAAAUUUUAUUUUUAUUUAUUUUUUCAAUUUUAAAAAAAGACUACUAUGUCUGAUUCCCACUUAACGAAGUAAUGGCCUCUACAGAUUGUAAGCAAUUUUCGUAAAAAAAUGACGUUUUCUCAUAAAUUGAAAAAAGAAAUUUUCUCUAAAAAGAAAACACUUUUUUGGCAAAAAUAACUCCCAAGGUGUAGACAUUAAAAAGCAAAAUUACAAUUAAUUAAAUUCCACUGAAUCAAAAAGGUGUUUAGGCACCAUUAAAAUUGAAAACAAUGUAGAAUCCUUGUAAAUUCUUUCAAACACUUUGCCCUCAUGCUCGCGCGUAAAAAGCUCAAGAUCUAAUCUGAGUGCAGAUUUGUUUUUCUUACUGAAAAUUUAAAAAUUUUCUUACUGAAAUCCUGAAAUGGAAUUCAUGAAAGCAUUAAAUUUAAGAACUUUUUGUUAUAAAACCCCGGUGGGUUUGAUGGUUUUAGCAGACAUGAUACAAGGGGUCCUGGGAUUAUGUACACUUUCGGAACCGGAAGGCUUUAUGCACCCAGAAGAUUUUCAUAGAUGCAGGGUAUUUCUUUCGAACCGUUGGGUCUUGGGCGGUGAGAUCUCUGGCUCGACUCUCACAGUUGUGAGUUCGAGUCUCGCCCGGUGCAAACUAACAGAAUGUCAAAAAAAGACAUUUUCACUGUGAUAAAAUAUAAUAAAUUGCUCUGCCUGCCCAAAAAACUUCAGGAGCACGGAAGAAGCAUUCACCACGGUAAAGGCAUUCCUGGGCGAUCUACGAUCAGUAGAUUCUUCCAAUUCGAGCACAUUGUAAAGAUUACUUUCUAAUACAAAAUGAAGUGUCUCGACACAAAUAAUAAUAAUAAUAAUAAUUUCGAAUAAUUUACAGGAAUGUUUCAUAAUGCCUCCGGCACCAAAAUGUCAUAAAGUCAAAAUUAAAUUUCCUUUCUUUCUGAAAUGAUUAGCACAAGCCUAUCUCACUUUUUCAGUCUCAAAAAUUGAACUGAAUGAAAUUUAAUUUAGUGUGAUGUUCAAAAGAAAAAGAAGAUUGCAAAAGAGUAGGAUAGAGAGAUGCAAAGCUUUUAAGAAAGAAAGGGAAGUAAAUUUUGACUUUAUGGAAUUUUCCUGAUCUAAAAGAUGUGCUGAAAGCAUAAGAAUUUAUUUUCAAAUCUAUCGCGCAAAAAAAAUCACUCUUUAGCUCCUAAUGGUAGGCAAAUCAUUAUUAUUAAUCGUAUCGGAAUAAUUUCAUUACAAUGUAAUCAUUGCUGUUUUAUUCCGUAAUGGAAGAUUCCGCUAAGUCUAUGUGUAGAUCGCUCAGGAAUGCCUUUUCCGUGGUGAAUACUUCUUCCGUGCUCCUGAAGUUUUUUUGGGCAAAGGAAGUGCAUUUUAUUACGUUUUUUAUCACAGUGAAAAUGCCUUUUUCUCGACAUUUGGAUGACUUUGCAAGUCGAGUCAGAGAUCUCGACCGCCCAAGACCCAACGGUCUUGCCUAUUGCGCCAAUGAGAUCCCCAUGCAAUAAUUGUGCAUAAUCCCAGGACCGUCUGUAUCUGUCAAAAUUUCAUGACAAUCUGACAGUUCUUAACUAGAGAGAGGUUUUACAGAUCCAACUAAUGCUCUUAGCUCGAAAUGUGUCACCCCGGAUCAAAACCAAGCUGCAGAACUGGUCAGUUCUAGAGUUUAUUUGUUUCCUAAGACCCCUGAAAUUGAGGUUAGGAUUCAGCGUAAACAAACAUCAGAAAAUUUCCAUAUGACGUCAUCAUAGUACUCCUAUGCUAUGCCAAAAGCUUUAUGUCAAUGUGUUUCAACCCUUGAGUUUUUUUUAAUUAAAAAAAGUGUUAUACAAAUUGAAAUAUAGCAAUAAUUUUUUCUACAACUCUUUUUUACUUUUUGAGUCACCCCUUCCGACCCUCUAUUGAUGACGUAAUUCCUUAUCUGUGGUACCUGCGUGCAAUCGCGCGGAAAAAAAGCGUCAUACUCUGUGUUGUGAUUUUUCAGAGACAUUGAAAAAAAAUGAAAAAAAGAAAAAUAAUGGAUGAAAUUAGAAAAGCUCAAAAAUAAAUCAAGACCUUGAGACACAAAGGAAUAUUCUGAAAAUAUUAAUUAAAAAAAAAAUGAAAAUCUUACAGUCCUCCAGUAAACUUAGGCACGAAAAAUAAUUUUUGUACUCUCUGUAAAUGAGUUUUUUGUGCUGAUUUUUCUUUUGUAUAAUGAUAAUUCUCUUGGAUAAAGAAAAAAAAUCUAGUGUAUAAUUGAUCGUAUUUGGGUGUUAAAUAGUCUUUCUACCUCCUGACAAAAGCAAAGUAUAGAGAGUGAAAAAAAGGCAGAAAUAAAAAAAAAUUGAAUAAGAAUUAUAAGUAAGUAAAAGUCAUUAAAAACAUAUCAGUUUUUAGGAACGUUAAAUAAAAAAAAAUGCCAAAAUUGUUGUUUACUGUACCUUCUGACUAUAGAAUUUGUAGAAGUAUAGAGAGAAAGAGAAAGAAAAUGGAAAUAUUUUCCCAUUAUUAUUUUUUUUUUUUUUUCUAAAUAUGCAAAUUUCUCGAAUUUUUGGUUUUUAGCUUUUACCCCAGAUUUAUGUUUGAAAAAUUUCACGGAAAAAAAUAGAUACAAACAAAAGAUCUUGGAAGUAAAAAUACGAUAUUAAAAAAAAUUGAAUUUAAUGAAAAUUAAAAAAAAAAACACACUAAUAGAUUUAGGUAAAGGACAAUCCUAAUUUUUAUGUAUAUAUUCAAAACCCCAAAACUCUCUUUUUAUGACUAUCUAUAGAGAAUAUAAAAGAAUAUGUAAAAAGAAAUAUAUUUAAAGUAUUAAGUGUUAUAUUCAUAAAAGAAAAUUGUAAUGUUUAUACAAAUGUGUUUGUGGAUCUUCUCAAAAAAAAAAAAAACAAAUUCAUAAACAUACAUUUUGAGUUUUUUUCUGUAUACUUCGAGUCAUGGAAAAAUAAAUACAUAAACCUAGUAUAUUAUGUGGUAGAGAAAGAAAUUAAAAAAAAAACAAGUGAGAAUGAAGAAAAAACAAGAGAACAUGGAUACAAAAAUUUUGCAAAAUCAUGUAUUUUUGUAUUAAUUAUACGUAAAAAGAUAAAAUGCAGUGAAAAAACACAGAAUAUUAAUUUUCGCCAUUUGAAAUACAUAAAAGUGAAAUUUUCCCAAUAACUUUGAGCCACAAACAUUCAAAAAAAAAUAACAAAAAAACCGUUGAAAAUGACAAACUUUAGCAAAUUUCAGAACAGAAACACUACACACAUUUCCUAACAAGAUAUGCUAUUCCAACAAUAAAAUUCAUUUAAAGCUUGUGGAAGUAGUGAUUCCCUCUGUUUGCAGCCAAGUCAGUUCAAUCUGACAUCAAUAUCUCGAAAGAAUAUUUAAAAUAAAGAAAAAGAUAUAUUAAUUUCCUAAUUAUGGCGUAAGUGCAAUUGUUUUUGCUCUGUAAACAUUAAAAAUGCGUAAAUGAGUGAGCGAGACAACUAGUGGUCUCGCUGUCAAAAUCCACUGUCAAACCACCAUGAAAUGUCAAUAACAUGUUUACAAAACAAAAGCAACUGCGCAUUGCUCAUUUACUAAAGACAAAAUGUUAUAAAAAAUACAAAUCUUCUGCCGUCUGCUGUGCCAAUUACGAAAGUUAUAGCUCAAUAUACAACGAAAAUAUUGUUUUAAAAUAUUUUUCUAAUAUCUUCCCCGUAAAAAGAAAAUAGCGAGAAGAAAAUUGAAAAAAGAUGCUCAAUUUAAUUCACCAAAAAAUGUUCUUAGUUGUAUUAAAAAUAUAAUUUGCUCAAAAUCUAUAAGAAUUUUCAUAUUGACUCUCCAUCUAACUAGUGGUUCUAGACAUUAAAAAAAAAGAAAAAAAAAAAUAACUGACGAACGUCGAAUAGCAUAUCAAAAGAAACAAUAAAUAUAUUAAAAAAAAAAUGAAGUUAUCUACGAAAACUUGACACAAAAAGUUUCACCCGUAAAAAUAUUAACUAAGAAAAAAAAAUGAAUAAUAGGUCUCUAUUUAUUAUUGAAAAAGAAAAAAAAACUUAGAGAAGGAAAAAUAUGGAUGGUCAAUAAUUACUACACAGGCCUAAUAUUGAAAAAAAUAAAAGAAAAAAUUGAAAAAAGGAAAAAACGGACAUUAAUACAUUAAUAUUUUCUGAAUCAUAGAAGGAAAUUGAAUGUAAGAGUUGAAGUAAAAAAAAAUAUUUAUUGUGUAUUUAAAAAAAAAAAGAUGAGAAAAAACUACUAAAGAGUGUACUUAAAACGGCUGUUUCUGAUCACAAAAAAAAAGUUUAAAAAACUUUUUACAAAGAUAAUUCAAAGGAGAUACUUUCUAGUUUUUUCUUUCAAAACUUGUCAAAAAAAAAACAACAACUGAUUCAUCUGAAAGUUUUUGUACACGAUUUUCAAAAAAAUAAUAAUUUCACUCCUUAUUUAUUAAUUUUUUUGAAAACAUUUCUUUUUAACAUCGCUGACGCCAUACAUUUUUUUCAAAAAAUUAAAAACAAAAAAAAAAAACAAACAACAGUAAUCAAGUCACCAAAAAAUGCGCAAAUGCAGCACAUUUGAGUCUUUUUCAAACUUUUGAGAAAAAAAGAAUGGCAAUUUUGUAUAUAAAGCAUAAAAGUAACUUCUUAAUUUGACGAGGAAUAAACUUAUUUGCAAAAAAAAAUUAUAUUUGAAAAUCUUUCUCUGUGAUUAUUAUAGAAGAAAAAGAUGAAAUAAUAUUCAGAAAAAGAAAAA